AUGACUGUUGUCACAAAUUUCAUUUCAGAGGAACUGGGAUCACAGAGUGAACACACUACAACAAAGAAAAAUCAGCAAAACUUAGAAACCAGAUUUCGACUCUAUACAGAUACACCUGAAGGCAGCUGUCAGAUUUUUGUUAAUCAGUUGGAGACUCUUGACAAAUGCAGUUUCAAUGCCUCUCUUCCUCUGGUGAUGAUAGUCCAUGGCUGGUCGGUGGAUGGGAUAUUAGAAAGCUGGAUUUGGAAAAUGGCAGCAGCUCUGAAGUCUCAGCAUAACCAAAUGAACGUGAUCAUUGCAGACUGGCUCACACUGGCUCACCAGCAUUAUCCCAUUGCAGUACAGAACACACGCACCACAGGACAGGAGAUAGCACAGUUCCUGGAGUGGCUGGAGGAAUCCAUUCAAUUUUCCAGAAGCAAUGCUCAUCUAAUUGGGUACAGCCUAGGAGCUCAUGUUUCAGGAUUUGCUGGAAGUUUUAUCAAUGGUACAAAAAAGAUUGGAAGAAUUACAGGCCUUGACCCUGCUGGCCCCUUGUUUGAAGGGAUGUCACCAACAGACCGUUUAUCUCCGGAUGAUGCAAACUUUGUAGAUGCAAUUCAUACCUUCACUAAACAGCACAUGGGCCUUAGUGUCGGCAUCAAGCAGCCUGUGGCUCAUUUUGACUUUUAUCCCAAUGGAGGCACCUUCCAGCCUGGCUGUCACAUCUUGCAUGUGUACAACCACAUUGCACAAUUCGGGAUCGCUGGCAUCACUCAAACUGUGAAAUGUGCCCAUGAGAGGUCAGUUCAUUUGUUCAUCGACUCUCUGCUGCACAAGGACAAGCAAAGCACAGCUUACUGGUGCAACGACAUCAACACUUUCAACAAAGGACUGUGCCUCAGCUGUAAGAAGAACCGGUGUAACACCCUGGGCUACAACAUCAGGGAGGAAAGGCUGCCCAAAAGCAGACGACUUUUCCUGAAAACAAGAGCAUAUAUGCCCUUCAAAGUGUAUCAUUAUCAGUUCAAGAUCCACAUCAUCAAUGAAAUCCAAGGCAAGCCAAUAGACCCAGCUUUCACCAUGUCUCUGGCAGGGACUAAGAAGGAUGCUAAAAACCUGCACAUCCCACUAGUUGAAGGUAUUAUGGGGAAUAAAACCUACACCUUUCUCAUCACCCUGGAUACUGAUAUCGGUGACCUCAUAAUGAUCAAGUUCAAAUGGGAAGGAACUCCAGUUUGGGAAAACAUCUGGGACACAUUUCAAACCAUAAUACCAUGGACAAAAGGCACCCAUCGACCAGGACUUAUAGUUAACACAAUAAGAGUGAAAGCAGGGGAAACACAGCAAAAAAAUACAUUUUGCCCUCAAAGCAUUGACAACAUUCACCUUCAUCCAUCCCAAGAGAAGACAUUUGUGAGGUGUGAAGAUCUCUUCCAGAAAUAA